UAUCCCUGAAGAGUUAAUCGUAAAUCAGUUGGUUUAAUUGUGAUCUUUUUAUGUGUUUCGGACAGUCCAGUACAUCUGCAGUGUCCGAAAUACACUACUGGUACAGUAUAGCUGGUCAACCGACAACAAGGACCUCAGGAAAUCACCAUGGCGUUAUCUUUUCGAUUGGUGUUGCCCACAGUGGUUUUGUUUUGCCUGACUUACAGCGAAGCAUUUAAAGCUUCUUAUCAACGGAGGGAAGUAUUGAAGUCAUAUGCGCCAUCCAAGAUAAGAGUCCAAGCUUACUAUCCAAAAGGAAGUAUCGGGUACCAAUCAUCUCCUAAACGUGCAUCCGGUUACAUUCAGAAAACAAGGAAUUAUGGGAAAAUACUGGAUACUUCAUACGCACCAAGGGUUGUGAUGAAGUAUGGCAGCCGAACGCGUAAGGGAUACGGACCUCAAAGGAAUACAUACUUGUCAAAGAAAGUUCCAAGUUAUGCUGAGUUUAAUACCGGUUUUCAGGGAAAGACAUAUGCUUAUAUUCCUAAAGGUAACUUUGCAUAUGGUGGACUAAAGAGACAAUAUCUACCUGUUAAAGGAUCGAAUAAGUUUGGUCUUGUAAAGAAAUCUAAUUCAUUUGGAGGAGGAUCUUACCAGGGCCAAAGAGGUAGGAUAGGAGUCCAUAAAAUUGGCAUUGGUGCUGGCUCAUAUGGAAUUGGCCGCAGAGGAGGUAGUGCUAAUAUAGGUAUCGGCAGAGGAGGUCGUCAAUUAGCAGGAGCUUCAAAUUCGCUGCAUGGACCAGUCGGAAAUAUUGGACGUUUUGUACCAGGAGAAUCAGCUGUAGCAUUUGGAGGGGGUAUUGGAAAUAGAUUUAGUGGAGGCGGAGGCGGAAAUUUCCUCAUAACAGAUAACAUGGAAGAAGUAACCAAGUGAUCUAUACCAAUAUGUAGAGGGAGUGUACAUAGUUCAUAGACAUCUUAUACAUUUAUAUAUA